AGCUGAUAAUGACGUAGCGUGCAGUUGAUCCAACACACGGGUGCAGGAGAAACCGAGGGACUGUUGUUAACUUAUGGUCUCCGCGGAACCGUCCACAUAGGAGUAAGAGAGAAGGUAUUCUGCGACAGCCAUUGGCCUGUGUGUCGGCCUGUCCUGGGCCUGGCGGUGAGGCUUCUAGCGGGUUCUGAGGGGCACGUCAUGCUGUGUUUGUAAGGUUUUGGAGAGCAGAGAAACGCAUUCCUGAGCCACUACGACCACAUCACCAAUUCAUUCUGCUGCUGAACGACACUCCUGUCAUCUGAUCUAUUUCAAGAUCACUGAGGAGAGACCACAAGACAUGGGGGACUACUAUGAGGUCCUGGGGGUUUCUAAAACCGCCUCCCAGGAGGACAUCAAGAAGGCGUACAGGAAGCAGGCUCUGAGGUGGCAUCCAGACAAGAACCCAGACAACAAGGAGGGGGCAGAGAAGAAGUUCAAAGAAAUCGCUGAAGCCUAUGAAGUUCUGUCUGACAAGAGUAAACGUGCGUCGUAUGACAGCUAUGGAAAUGACCGGAUGCCACGCAGAGGCUCCCCCGGCUCCCCCACAGACUUCCCCUCGGAAUUCCCAGGGUUCAGCUUCACAUUCCGCAGCCCUGACGAGGUGUUCCGGGAGUUCUUCGGCAGCCAGGACCCCUUUGCUGGCUUCUUUGAUGACUUCCCGUCAUUUGGAGGGAUCCACAGUCACGGUGGUUUCCAUGACCACCUAGGCCCCUCCUCUCGUCUUGGCCCCGGUCGGUUCUUUUCCUUCCCGGCGCCUGGAGCGGACUUCACCUCCUUCUCCUCCAUGGGAUCGUGCAGCUCGGAGGGCCUGGGGGGCCCGGGGAUGAGCAGCUUCAGAUCAAUGUCCACCUCCACUCGCAUCAUCAACGGAAAACGCACCACUACCAAGAAGAUCAAAGAGAAUGGACAGGAGAGGAUUGAGAUCGAGGAGGAUGGUUUACUGAAGACUAUAAUGAUUAAUGGGGUGACGGAUGAGAUGGCCCUUAUGCUGGAGCUGAGCAAGCGGAAUCAGAACUCCUCCCACCCACCGCCCGCCAGACCGCGCCUACAGCAAGACAAACCUCCCACUGAUAGGCCCCGCACCAGCCCCUUCUCCUCCGCCGCCGCCCAGCGCUCCUUUAGCUCCGCCCCUUGCUUCAACUACGGCGGGGUAGGGGCAGAGCGGGAGGAGGACGAGGACGAGCAGCUGCAGCUGGCGCUGGCCUGCAGCCUGUCAGAAAUGGAGGCCAAGCAGAGAGCCGCCGCAACCACGGCAACAGACUUCAUCUCAGAGUCAGACUUCCAGGCCUUCACGGGCUGACCUGAUUGUUUCCCUCUGCACUGUGCUCUAAACCCUUGCCUUGAGGUCAAUCACCCAUGAUGCACUUUUAUCUUCCAUGUGGCUCACUACCUGCUGAUAAUACUUUUCAAAGUUUUAUUUGAAAACAAUUCUGAGGAUCUGAUUAUUGUUACUUUGAAUGUGUGUGCAAGUGUGUGUGUGUUACAUUCUGUGUGUAAAGAUGAUAGAGAAGACUGAUAUCACUGUAAAGAAAAUGAACUAGAAUUUUUAAUAUCAGAUGUCCUCAUUAAACUAAUGUAAUCAAAGUGAAACAGAAGUUGAGUUUUGAAUUAUGGCAACUAAUCAAUGGAAUGGAAAAGUAAUGAUGAUAAUUAACAACACUUCACAAUAGUUAAAUGCUGCGUCACAUCACAAAUUUAUUCAGGGCAAGUCAAAAAUACAUUUUUAUAGUUAUUUUAUAUGUGUCUGCUACAUUAAAGAAAGACAUUAAUGGCGGUGAAUUAUUUACAGUAAUCACAAUAUAACACACUGAAGACAAAUCCGUGAAAGAAACUGUAGACAGUAUUUGUGUGUGAUUGUGUUCAUGUGUGUGUAUUUGUGUGUCGAGUGUGUCUAGAUGUUUCAGUGUGCAGUUCUCAGUCAGACAAUCAUUUUGUCAAGGCAUAGACACUUGAGUUGGAACCUAUUAGAUGUUACAUCAACGGCAACACAAGAUGACUGCAGCUCGCAUCCCCCACGACACCACACAGAUUAGAAGGGACAGAAUCUACAAAGUUAAAGAUCUUCAAAGACAUCACGACGAUGGCUGCCACUCCCGACCCGAAACCAUAUCUGAAGUCAUUGUUUGAGUGCAGUGCAUCAACUGCUUUAAUGAAUGUGUCCUUAGCGAACACACCCAAUGAUGUUCUCUGAUGGCAAAAAGCAACAGAAGCUUCCUCUUUACUGUACAAUGUACCCCCGGUUUCAUUUCAAAUAAACGGGCUGGAGAGAACAGCACAAUAACAGA